AUGCCUUCGAGUUCGUGUUCAAGCAGUCUGUACUCUGGUCGGCAGCCUUCGCCCUCGCACGACAGCUUUCUUUUUUCAACAACUGUUCUUACGAAGGUGUCGCCCGCGCUUUCCAAAGACACAGCGUAAUGCGCCUCUUUUGAUGAUCUUGCGCGAACUCCUUACGAAUCUUUUCGAUCCUCGAGACUCGCCGAUACUCUCCUCCCUCCUUUCAGUGCCAAGCCUUUUGUCGCAACGGCCACAGUCAGCGUCCCUUCUCGUGUUCGGCAAUCAACGAAAAUCGUUCCAACCGACGGUGGCCCUUUCGUCUUUCAGGAGAUCGAGACGUCGGAUUGCAACGCAGGCCCAUCCACAACAACUCGAUCGAUUGCGAACCAACGGGUUCAUAUCUUUGAACCACUCCCUUCGCUCGAUACAAUGCAUUUCGCCUACCCUCCACGAAAGAGCUCGAACCCGCCUCCCUUCCGAGCGAAGACCUCGAGGAUACCACCGUUGUUCCGUCGCAGUAGACUCAAGAUUAUCGCGGCGGGCGCUCUUGCAUUCUUGGGCUUCCUAUACCUCCUCUCAGGAGCCUUCAAGUCACCGAGCGGGCCUCGAGCACCCUUGGGCGAGCCGCCUGUGGUGAUAGUGACGGUGCUGGAUGAGGACAACUAUAGCGACAAUUACCUGGCAAGCAUUCGCGACAACAGAAAUCAGUAUGCGCAGCUUCACGGUUAUGAGGUGAUGUUUGCGAAUGUAGGUGACUACGAUCUUCGCGGCUCUCCGGCGUCAUGGAACAAAGUAGUGUCGCUGAGGCACGCAAUGACGAAAUACCCUGAAGCUGGGUGGUUUUGGUACAUUGACCAAGACGCUUACAUCAUGGACCCGUCAAUAUCUGUGGACAACCUUGUGUUGAAGUCGGACAAACUUGAUAAUUUGAUGAUGAGGGAUCAUCCGGUCGUUCCUCCAGACAGCAUCAUCAAGACGUUUCCUCAUCUGAAGGGCAGAGACAUCGAUUUUGUUCUUACGCAAGACAGGGAAGGAUUGUCGGCGGGCAUCUUCUUCGUCAGGAACGGCGAGUGGGCAAAAUUCUUCAUUGACACGUGGUUUGAUCCGUUGUACCGAAGCUACAACUUUCAAAAAGCCGAAGGUCAUGCGUUGGAACAUGUUGUCCAAUGGCACCCGACAAUUCUCUCCAAGCUCGCCAUCGUGCCGCAGAAGACUUUCAACUCCUAUAACAGAUACGACAAGGGUGAGAUGUUCCAGGACGGCGACUUCGUUGUCCGUGCUGCCGGUUGCACAAUGACUGGAGAGCGAGCUUGCGAGGAAGAGCUGCGCAGCUACAAUACGAAGUGGCAGGCGGCAUUCAAGGCGCAGUAGAUCAACUAGAGAAAAAAGAGAAGCGACAAGGGUCGGCCCCAAGACGGGAUCUAGGAGUGGGUGUACUCCAGGCGUUCUAUUACAGGGGCAACAUGAACUCGGCAUUCCAAGUGUGCAAGAGCUGGACGAGGGCGUUUAUUUGUGGUGUCCUCUUUUUUGAUCAUUUUCGAAGAGACCUUUGACGAAGCUUUUUAUACAGGGUCAUUGAGAGAUGUUGGGGUGGGGGGCUUGGAUGCCACUUGGCUGCACGAGCCAUGCGUACGGCGCUCAUGUGGGAUGUUGUGUUAUUUCUCCCUUGCCCGCUUCGAGACGACGAGUCGCUGAUGACGGAAGACUCGAGUCUUCUUGUGUUUUUUGUACAUUAUGACGAUGGCCGUUGGCCAUUCUGCCAGGCCGCAGACGCUAAUGUGGACUAAUUUUGCAA